AAGUGGAUUGUGAUGAAAUAAUUGAAAUUAUUUAUUAGAAUUGAACUGAUUUAGAGCAUUUCAAAAUCUGAAAUUUGAAAUAUUCAGUAUUUAGAUGAAUAUUUGUCAAGAAAACCAAGGAUAAUUGAUUGUACGCAAGUGUCAGUUAAAUAUCAAUGGAGACCGCGCCAUUAGACAGUCAACUCAAGAUGUUAAGAUCGAUGAUUUUUGGCUCGAUUCUGAAAUCGAGCUACUCGAUCUUUUCCUAUCAUCACAAUCAACUGUUAUGAAUUUUCCCCAUUAUUUUUAUCGUAAAUAUUUUCAAUCCAUCAAUGACUUCCUUAUGUGAUAUCUAAUAAUUUUGAUAAUUAACUCUCUUAUUAAAUCUUCAUUUUGGUGGCAUCAUAUUACCAUAAGAAACAUCCAAUCCAAUCUCUUUUUACAGUGUUUCCCUCGAGUUGUUUAUAAGUUUACCAAAUGAUUUGCAUGCUUUCGUAUCUAUUUCCAUAUAUCUUUUGAAUCUUUCCAUCUAAAUUUUGAUCGUUCAACUACAAUUUAAAUUUUCAACCAUCGAGGCUUCAUAGAUGCCUAAAAAAUCGACCAAUUUUACUGUGUAUUAAAAUAAUCAACUGCCAGAUCAACCCGAUUUCAUGGUUUAUCGUUUUAAAUUGACUACCUCAUAGCUGCUGUUCUAUAGACGGUUUUUUAUCUGACUCUCUUCACAUUCAAGCAAUCAGGAGAGGAUUACGCAAGUUUACGUAAAGUAAACUAGCUUCCUUGGAACGGAAAAUUCCUGGCUUCUUGAUCGUACCAUUUUAAUGUCAGCUUAAUUUCAUUACCAACUCGUCUUCAUGUCCGAAAGGGUGGAAAAUUAUGAUAUUCCCAGCUCUGCUAGCUCAGAUGGAGGGAGUGCUGAAGAUUUAUCCUUUUCUUUGAAUAGAGUUUUUGACUUCGAAGAAAAUGAUUUGAAACAAGGAGAUGUUGAUAAUCUUACCCAACAUAUUAAGGAAAUCAAUGGAGAUACCAACAGAGAUCAGCAACAACAAUUACAACUACAACAAAACCAACACACAUGGGAAUCAUUCAAGUCAAACAAGGGAUCAACUACUGGUCGACCUAGCCGUAAUAGAGACUGGUCCAUAUCGAAAACGACUAUUUUAGCGACAAAAUCUCAUACAAUUUUGAGAUCAGGACAGCGUACUAUAUACACUUCUGGUCGACCGCCUUGGUAUGAUGUACAGGGACAACUAGUUGAACCAAUAAUUAUUGGUAUUUGUGGAGGAAGUGCUUCAGGAAAAACCACAGUAGCACGAAAGAUAAUCGAAACACUUGAUGUGCCUUGGGUUACCUUGUUAAGCAUGGAUUCAUUUUAUAAAGUUUUAACUCCAGACGAAAGUAAACUUGCUCGAUCCAAUGAGUUUAACUUUGACUCUCCGGAUGCUUUUGAUUUUGAUCUUUUGAUCGAAACACUGGCUGGACUAAAAGAAGGCAAACGUGUUGAUGUUCCUAUUUACAACUUUGUGACUCAUUCGAGAGAAAAAAGAUCCCGUGCCACUUAUGGAGCUAACGUUAUUAUCGUAGAGGGUAUCCUAAUAUUUUAUCAUAAAAAACUUCUUGAUAUGAUGGACAUGAAAGUGUUUAUUGACACUGAGGCUGAAGUUAGGUUAGCUAGACGACUUAAAAGAGACAUUGCUGAACGUGGCCGUGAUUUAGAAGGAGUAAUGAAACAAUAUAAUACAUUCGUUAAGCCUUCUUUUGAAAAUUUUAUUGCACCAACUGUGAUACAUGCUGAUAUAAUUGUACCUAGAGGAGGUGAAAAUCAGAUUGGCAUCAAUUUGAUUGUACAACAUAUUCAUAAACAGUUACAAUCGAGAGGUGCUCAACUAAGACCUAAACUAUUGAAAAGCCAUUUGAAUCAACCAUUGCCAACAACGUUAAAAGUUUUAUCUAUGACUCCUCAAAUAAAAGGAAUACACACAUUCAUUAGGAACCGGGAAACAUCUCGCGAUGAAUUUAUUUUUUACUCGAAGAGACUGAUGAGAUUAUUGAUUGAAUUUUCCCUCUCUCAAUUACCAUUCAAUGAUGUAACUGUUGAAACACCUCAAGGAGUUGGAUAUUAUGGUAAACGAGCUGAUGGCAAAAAAAUUUGUGGCGUCUCAAUUUUAAGAGCUGGUGAAACUAUGGAACAAGCUUUAAAAGAUGUUGUCAAAGAUGCUAGACUAGGAAAAAUAUGUAUUCAAACAAAUAAUGUCACCAAUGAACCAGAGCUUUAUUACCUUAGAUUACCAAAAGAUAUCAAGGAUUAUCGUAUUAUGGUCAUGGAUGCGACUGUCGCUACUGGUGCAGCAGCAAUGAUGGCGAUAAGAGUUCUUUUAGAUCAUGAUGUACCAGAAGAAAACAUUAUGUUAUGUUCAUUGUUGAUGGCUGAAUCUGGUGUACAUUCAAUUGCUUAUGCAUUUCCCAAAGUUGUUAUUAUAACAACGGAAGUAGAUGCUGAAGUUAAUGAAAGUUUUUAUAUUGUACCAGGAAUCGGCAACUUUGGGGACCGAUUUUUCGGAACAGAAUCGCUGAGCUGAAGAUCCCAUCAACUGGGACUCGGUUAAUCAAAUUUCAUUUACAUUCACUCAUUCUUUGAUUUCUCUUAAGCCUUUCUUUUGUAAUUCUUUUUACUCUUAUUGUUUGUCUUUUCUUCCAUUCUAUCAUUCAUUACCUUUCCUGAGAAAUGUAUUUAGUUGCAACAUUUAACUGAGUAAACGCUAGUAAAAUAAGAAAAAAGCUUACAGCAAAGAAAAGCUUGUUAAGAACUGGAUAGCGUGUUAAACUUGAAACAGUAAAAUGUUCUAAAUUAUG